AUGUCAAGUCUUAAAGAGUUCUUAGAGAGUAUGUUUGAUUUUGUUUUAUGUUUGAUAUUGAGGGAUUUUACUAACAUGAAUAGAAAAGGUUAGAGUGAUAACGACAGAUGCUAGGUUAUUUGAAGGAACACUCCAAGGAUUUGAUAAUUCAACAAACGUUAUCAUUAACAAUUGCAUAGAAAGAUUAAUUUAUCCUGACGAAGAAGAUGAUAAUCAGGAAAUACAUUUGGGACUAUAUUUGAUGCGAGGGGGGAAUAUUGUUUGUAUCGGAGAGGUAGAUGAUACAAUAGAAGCUGAUAUAGAUUGGACGAAAGUCAAAGGAGAGACAUUAAAAGGAACAAAGAAUCCGUUAUAA